GGCCUUUAUAUCUUAAGAGAACUCAACCCUUUAAACAAAGGAACAAACCAGUGCAGACUGUACACAGAAACUUUGUUCAAGCAGAAUCUGACACAAAAUGGACAUCAAAAGAGUGAUGACUGAUGUACUUGAGGAUCUUGUGGAUAAAGAGCUCAAACAAUUCAUCUGGCAGCUGUGCAAUGGUGUGACGGCAGGCAUUGAGCCGAUUCCUCGAGCAAAGCUUCAGACUUCUGAUCGUGAGGAUGUGGUGGACUGCAUGGUAAAGCAGUAUCCCGAUGACGCUGGGAGGAUCGCAGUCCAAGCGCUGUGCAACAUGAAACAAAAUGAGCUUGCAAAGCGCCUUGAAUUAAAACUUCACGAAGUGUCUUCAGUUCAGCAGCCUGUGCAGGAGGAAGUUAGAAAUUCUCCAGAGUCUAUGCAGCCCAUCCAGUCCGACUGGCUCAGAGCAUACAGCAUUACUGCAUGCAGCCAACAAUUUAAGCACAGACUUCUUACACAAGAGAGAAAUGAUGUUUAUAUGCCAACAAGCAGUUCUUGGAGGAAAGGCUCAGCUCUGCUAAUCAACAACAUUAAAUUUGACCGUAGUGAGCUCAACAGGCCCGGGGCAGAGCUAGAUGAGGAGAACAUGGAGUGGCUGCUGAGAGCUUUGGGUUACAGCGUUGAGAAACACACAAAUCUCUCUGGAGAUGCAAUAAAUAGAGCAGUCAAGAACUUCUCUAAACGUUAUGAACAUCAAAACUCAGACAGCACCUUUGUGGUCAUCAUGUCCCAUGGGGACAGAUUUGACAAUAAAGAUGCCAUUUUAGGUGUCCAUUAUCAGAGAAAGAACCCCAGUGAUUACUUCUUUGUUGAGAACAUCUUCUCCCAUCUGAACUCAGUCAACUGUCCUGCUCUGAUUGAUAAACCAAAGGUUAUUCUCAUUCAUGCCUGCAGAGGAGGUGAUGAUGGAGGUGUGUAUGUUAGUGACAGUGCGUUUGAAUCAGACUCCUGGGUUCACAAGGAGAAAGACUUUGUCUGCUUUAUGUCCAGCCUCCCUGAGAUCAAGGCAUACAGGAAUCCUCACAAUGGAAGUUAUUUCUUCAAUUACAUAGUGGAUGUGUUCAGUACAAGCGCUCAUAAAUAUGACAUUAUGGAGUUGUUCAGGAGGAUCGCCUCACGCAUGGAAAAUGACCCACGUUUCACACACAAGAAGAAACUAUUGCCGUGUAUUGAAAGGAUGACCCUUGUAAAGAAAUUCUACCUGUUCCCUGGACUCUAAUGAUGUAAAAUGAGUUUAGAGGAAGAACGCUACAGGUGAAUGGGGUAAAAACUAUGUAGAAACAUCACCAUACUUCCUCAGUUGAUUAAUCACAGUACAUUAAGAGAAUUGUCUUAUAUUUCAAGUUUUUUAAAUGUUGUUUAAACGUGCAGUUGAGGCAUUACCUAACUAAAUAUAGACGCAUUUACAUACAUUUUGUAAUAAUAAAGAACAGAAGUCUAAAACAUUGAAUAAAGUCAGGUUCAAAAUCCAGUGCAUAUAAUAAAAAAAUAUUUUG